AUGUGGGGAUGGUUUGGCGGGGCAGCCGCACAGAAGCGAAAAGAUGCGCCUAAAAACGCCAUUCUAAUGCUGCGCGGGCAGCUCGACAUGUUGCAAAAGCGUGAACGACACCUAGAGAGCCAGAUGGCUGAGCAAGAGGCCGUCGCCCGCAAGAACAUCUCCACCAACAAACCUGUCGCCAAAGCCGCCCUCCGCCGCAAGAAGGGACACGAGCGCAACCUCGAGCAGACUUCUGCGCAAAUCGCACAGGUUGAGCAGCAGAUAUACAGCAUCGAAGCCGCCAAUAUAAACCAGGAAACCCUCAACGCCAUGAAGAACGCCGGCGCCGCCAUGAAACAGAUCCACGGCAACCUGACUAUCGACAAGGUAGACCAGACCAUGGACGAGCUGCGCGAGCAGCACGCGCUGGGCGAAGAGAUCGCGACCGCCAUCACAAGUGCGCCUAUCGGCGAGCCGAUCGACGAACAGGACUUGGAGGAUGAACUGGAGGGCAUGGAACAGGAGGCUAUGGACGAGCGGAUGCUCAAGACGGGUCCGACGCCCGUAGGCGGAGAGCUGGCGAAGGCGCCGGCGGUGGGGAACCAGCCUCUCAAGGGCAAGGCGCAGGAAGAGGACGACGAAGAAGAGGAACUACGGAAACUGCAGGCCGAAAUGGCCAUGUAG